UCCGCCAUCUUUGUGGGCAGGGAAGGAAGGAGGGAGGGAGGGAGCGAGCGAGCGGGCAGGUGAGGAGCCGUCGCUGCAACAGAAGGGUCUUCUCGGCGGUCAAACCCCGUGAAGGUGAGGUCGCAGAGGAAAAUCGUACUGAUGUCUUCAGGGCCGAAAUCCAGACCUUCCCAUGAAACUCGGAGGAAUCAAGAAAGAGUGUCGCAAUAUGAUGAGGUCCCUAUAGAAAAUCAGCUGUUGCAACCAUCUCUUACCUCAUCUGGCAGCAAAAGUCUGAAAGACUGCAAUUUAGCAGUGAGUGCAGACCCACUGCCACCUCCACCUCUACCUCUGCAUCCACCUGUGGGUUCUGAAUUUUAUUUGGAUGAAGGUGAUGAACCGGUGACUGCUCUGGAGUUGAAACCAGUUAGACGUUUUGUCCCAGAUUCUGUGAAAAACUUGUUCAAAGGUAAAAAUGACAAUCAGCAGUUGAAUAUGGAUCCUUACAAUGACAAUAAUGGAGUGGAGUGCUCACCGCCUGCCUCCCCUACACCUUCUGCUCAAGAAGAAUUCAAAGAAGAAGGGCCGAAAUCGGGUGAGAGUUCUUACAAGGAUCCAUAUGGAGGCUCUGGGGGUAGCUACAACUCUCGGAAAGAAGUUGAAUCUAUGCUUCCUCGAGAUCCCUAUGAUUCAUUAGAUCGUCAUACCCGCACUGUGCAAAGCUACAACGAGCGGGUAGAGGUGUACAAUUUGAAAUACUCCUACAUGAAAUCAUGGGCUGGCUUACUGAGGAUCUUGGGGGCAAUACAAUUGCUGUUUGGAGCAGGUGUAUUUGCUUGUGUUUGUGCCUACAUACAUAAAGACAAUGAAUGGUACAAUAUGUUUGGUUACUCUCGUCCAUACAGUCAUGCUGCCAACAGUUUACAGGGAGGAUACUACUAUGAUGGACCAAAAACUCCUUUUGUUAUUGUUGUUGCUGGCUUGGCGUGGGUCAUCACCAUUAUAUUACUUGUACUGGGCAUGUCCAUGUACUAUCGCACCAUCUUACUUGAUUCCAACUGGUGGCCAUUGACUGAAUUUGCCAUGAAUAUUGUUCUUUUUAUCCUCUAUCUGGCCGCUGCAAUAGUGUAUUUGAAUGACAUGAACCGUGGUGGUCUGUGCUAUUAUCCUCUCUUCAACACCCCACUGAAUUCUACAUUUUGCCGUGUAGAAGGCGGACAAAUAGCUGCAGUCAUCUUUCUAUUUGCUACCAUGUUCCUCUAUCUUAUCAGUGCCAUUGUAUGUCUAAAGCUUUGGAGGCACGAGUCAAAAAGGAAAAGAGAUAACUAUGCAGAAUUUGAGCUGAGAAGUACAGUAGCUGGCACAUCAACAGAAACGCAGGCGUUGCGAUCUAAUGCGAGGUCUGUAGUAACUGACGCAAGCCGCAAAGAAUUGCAGCCAGUUGAAAUGAAACCAGCGGUACGUAGUGGAUACAUUCCUGCGGGUCACAUUCCAAAACCACUUGUUAUGGCUGACUACUUAGCUAAGUAUCCUUCUAUCAGAACACCUGAAGAACGAGAACGUUACAAAGCUGUAUUUAACGAUCAACAUGCAGAAUACAAAGAACUUCAUGGAGAAGUGCAAAUGGUUCUGAAAAAGUUCAAUGAGAUGGAUGCCAUGAUGAGCAGACUUCCUCAGCAUGCAGGGUCCCAACAGGAGUAUGACAGGAUCACAAAAGUUUUCCAUGAGUAUCAGAAGAAGAAAAAUGAUCCCACAUUCCUGGAGAAAAAAGAACGUUGUGAAUAUUUGAAAAACAAACUCUCCCAUAUCAAACAGAGAAUUCAAGAAUAUGAUAAAGUCAUGAACUGGAAUGAUAACUUCUAAGGAACAUGCAGAACAAGUCUUAUAUGAUCUUUUUCUAUUGCUUCAAGAUGAUCAAGUUGCAAAGCAAAAAUCCACAGAUGCUGGAAAUCUGCAAAACUAGCAUUGUACACUGGAAUUCCUCAGCAGCAUCUGUGGAGGGAAAGAGCAUUUGUGAAAAGUUAACUAUCUCCAGAACUCCAGCAUAGGUUUUGGCUGCUGAUAGAAAAGACUACUUGUUUGAAAACCUGAUAUCUUCCCUCUCCACAGAUGCUGCCUGACAUACUGAAUAUAUCUAGCAUAUUUGUUGUUUUUACUGUAUAAUCUGACAUCUGUUUUAUUUUUCAUAAUUACAAAUUCUCAUCCUUAUUGUGCUCCCUACGAGAACAAAAAGUAAUAAGCAUUUUUAAACUUAAUUUAGUUUUUAGCUCCCGUGUAUUCUAUUUGUAUAUGUAUGUAUACUUUUUUAUAUUUGUAACAGGUUUUAGUGAACACUUUUUAUGAAUCUCUUGCUUGUAUAUAAUGUGCACGAAUAAAGUAACAAAGAAUUCUU